AUGGCAACACGAUACUCUGUAGAAGCGUUACUCUUCCUGCGCGAAUCGCCGCUAUGUACCAGGCCCAACGCCUUACCUCCUGCCGAGGAGUGGAUGGGACCACCUCCUGAGACAUUCCGCAACAACCAAACCACUGGCAAGACGGGGACGGAUCGGACCAGAUCCAGCGGCGACACCUCGUUGCUUGACCAAACCAACAGGCGACCAGGCGUCGACAGGCAUAUGUCGCGGAACAGCGCAAACCCUGAGGAUAUCAUCCUGGGACCGCCGCGAACCACUUUUUCGUCUGCUACCCUGUCGCGAGGCAGCAAGCCCUUCGAUAAUGACAGGACGUUCAAGGACUCUGACCGCUUUGCCACCUUCCGCAAGAACGGCGACGGCGACACGGAUCGGUUCCGUGAAAGGGACCGAAAUGGUGCCGACCGCGAUGGGAGGAACAGCUUUCGCCGCCGCGGCGACGGUACCGACCAGGACAGCGAUGGCUGGAGCACCGUGAAGCCGCGCAAGAGCUUUGGCCACGAGGGCGCCGAACGAUUCCAUGGCCGCAUUGGCGGUGACCGGCCGGAUCGAUUCGGGGGCGAGCGCCGGGCCCGCGACGCCAAUCCUCAGGAUGAGGACGCCGAGAGACCCCCGCGCCGCAGCAACUUUGGAGAGUUCACCCGGGACAAGGAGGGCGAUGACGGUGAACGACCGCGCCGAAACGGUGUGAACAGGAACCGCCCUGACCAGCCCUCUUGGGCCCGGGGAGGGACGGAUGCCGAACCCCAGGCUCAACCUACUCGCGAGCGCUUUGACAGAGCCAAGAGCUGGCGAGAGAGAAAUAACGAUGACCAGCACGCCAACGAGAAGCCUCGCGAGCGCAACGAGCGCAACCUGGGCCGAUGGGACAGGGACCACCGCCAGGAGCGCGAGCCGGAAUGGCUUGAUGAGCCUGCCGAGGAGAAGUCCCAUGGUCACACAGCCGAGGACUUCCAGAAAUUCAUGGAGAGCAUGAAGGCUGGUAAGAGGGCUGGCGCCCCAGCUGAGCAGGCAGCCAAGCCUGCCGUGGACACUUCUGUGCGCGACGCCGCCUUGGAGGCCGAGAAAUCAAAGGUAAAAUCCGCACCAGCGGUCGAGAUGGGCCCGGACAAGUUCUUCGCCAACUUCGCACCGACGCCCAGUGCAGAACUGAUCAGCCCCAUGGAAACCCCCAAGGAGAGUGCGCCGCCCAAAAAGACGGGUUCGAGGUUUCAGGGUUUCUUUGCGUCCCAGGAGGAUCGCAGACAAACAGAGCCCUCGACACCCGCUGCUGGUCCGCCAGUUCAGGAACCCAACCCUCUACUGGCCUUGGCCGGUAUUGGUGUCAACAUGGGUCCCAACGCUGGCGCCGGCAACCCUGCAGAUAAGCAAGAUAAAAUGGCAUUCGAGGCUAUCCUGCAGAAGCUACAGAAGUCGUCCAUCACUGCCAACACCCCACCUCAGGGAGGAUAUCCGGCACCCGCUCCGAACCAAGGUCCUCCCCACGACAGAAUCCCGCAGGGAAAUAUGGCAUCCCCAGGGCCAUACCAAUCCUUCCCCCAAGAACCUCGCAACGAGCCAAUGAACCGCGGCCCCCCUCCUCCUCAGCAGAGGCAGCAGCAGGGCAAUCAGCUGCCGCCAAUGCGUACCGAGCAGCAGAUGCUCCAGGACCUCUUAGGGGCACGCCUUCCGAUGCCCAGCCCGGGUUCUGGCCGUGUUGAUCCUAACCAGGGUCGAAAUAGUAACCCCAACAAAGAUUUCCUAAUGAGUCUUAUGCAAAGUGGCAGAAACCCCUCUGAGCCGCCACGGAAUGAGCCACUCCUCAGGAUGCCACAGCCAUCCCGCCCGGCUCAGAUUCCGCAGACGCCGGACCGUGAGCCCGAUUUCCAGCGUGAGCGCAGCGCGUCGCAACACCAGGGACGACCGCAAGGCCCUCCUGGUUUCUUCGAUGAGCAACAGCUUCACCACCACGAACAAGACAACCGAAGACAACAACCUACCCAGAUUCUCCAGCGCCAGGGACCCCCCGGCCUGGAGCCAAUGCACCCCAGCUUCCUGCAAGGUGCGAACCAGCAGUUGCCCCCAGGCCCGGGCAGACCUAUGAUUCCGCCACCUGGACUUGCCGGCAACCCCCGCAACGGUCCCAUGCCGGGUAUGUUCCCCCCCAACUUCCCGAUGGGAGCCUUCCCACCCGAAGCCAUGGCCGGUCCGCCGCGCAACAUGCCACCACCGCCUGGCUUCUUUGGCGGUCCUCCUCCUCCGGGUUUCAUGGGCCCCCCGGGUAUGGCCGGAGGUUUCCACGGAGGACCUGAGGCUCUGGCCUUCGGUUUCGAUGGUCGCGGCAUGCCUCCUCCCGGUGCUGCCAACUUCCGCCGGAACUAG